AUGCCAGUUACGUAUCGUGAAGCUCUUUUGCAAACAAAUGAUAAUUGGGGAAAAAUAAAAUUAUGUUUAAAAGUAUUGAUUGGACUUAUUGCUCUAGAUUAUGCGUUACUAGCAUAUAUGUAUAACGAAAGCAGUAUCACAGAAGGAACAAAUCUUUUAUGGACUUUAUUGAGUGUCUUUUCUAUUUGUAUCAGUAAUUCCAACGCCAACAGAGUAGAGGAAGGAGCACUAUUCGAGCGUUCAUUAGGAAUUAAUGCAUGA